AUGCAGUCAAUUUUCUUGCUGCUGGGCCUCUUUGCUGACGCCAUCUCCGCCGGCCCCUUGGCUCAACAGCAGCCGUUGGCCGACCAUUUUAGUCCAACGCCUGCUGGCCAGGUGCUGGCGGAGGGUUCACGCAAACCUAUACGCGGACGAUUCCUGCACAUAACUGAUUUUCAUCCCGACCGCCUCUACAAACCCGGAAGCUCGAUCGAUCGCUCGUGCCACCGUGGAAAUGGACCUGCGGGAUAUUUUGGAGCCGAGGGGACAGAAUGCGAUGCGCCGCUAUCGCUUGUGAACGAAACUUUUCGCUGGAUCGAAGAAAAUUUGAAGGAUGAGAUUGAUUUCGUGAUUUGGACUGGCGAUUCGGCUCGGCACGACAAUGAUGAAAAGCUCCCUCGCACGGCGGAUGAGAUUAUGGAGCUCAAUGACUUCCUGUCUCAAAAGUGGGUUAGCAUUUUCGGCCAGGAGGAGCUUGUUGCGACCUCGAACGCCGUUCCUAAGAUGUCUAUCCCCGUGAUCCCGACGUUCGGUAACAACGAUAUCAUGCCCCACAACAUUUUCAACGAGGGGCCGAACAAGUGGACAAAACGUUUUGCAGAGAUUUGGAAUGCUUUUAUUCCAGAAGACCAGCGCCACACCUUUGUCGAGGGCGGCUGGUUCACCACGGAGGUGGUUCCCGGUCGGCUGGCGGUCAUCAGCCUGAACACCAUGUACUUCUUCGACUCCAACAGCGCGGUGGAUGGAUGCAGUGCCAAGUCGGAGCCGGGAUAUGAGCACAUGGAGUGGCUGAGAGUGCAGUUGAAAAUCCUGCGUAGUCGCAACAUGAAAGCGAUUCUCAUGGGCCAUGUUCCUCCAGCCCGCUCAAGCGAGAAAAGGAAUUGGGAUGAAACAUGCUGGCAAAAAUAUACUCUCUGGAUGCACCAGUACCGCGAUAUUGUCGUUGGUAGCAUUUACGGCCAUAUGAACAUUGAUCACUUCAUGCUCCAGGAUAGCAACAAAGUCGAUAUUGAUUCGGAGGCCAAUGGGAAGGUAUCAGUCAGCUCAAAAGCCGAUUAUCUUGAGUCUCUUCGAAACCAAUGGUCCUCAUUGCCGUCUCCUCCGUCGGGUAUCUUCGAGGAGCUUGACUUCACAUUAGAUUCGGAAGAUCUGUCCUCAGAAGUCGAACCGGCUAAGAAAGGUAACGGAGGAAAAAAUAAAGAAAAGAAGAAGCAAAAGUUCUUAGAGAAGAUCGGAGGCCCAUGGGCGGAACGAUACAGCGUGUCGUUGGUAUCUCCCAGUUUGGUCCCGAACUUUUUCCCCAGCCUGCGCGUGAUCAACUACAACAUCACGGGACUCAACGAUGUCGCACAUGGGCCAGACCUGUCUUCUCACGAGAUUGACAAUGUAUCUGUUGGAGUUUAUCACGACGAUAAUAAUACUCCAGAAGUCAGCAACAGUUCACUGACUUCUCCCGAAAUCCAAAAGAAGAAAAAGAAGAAGGGCAAGAAGAAGCCUCACUUCAAAGUCCCUGAGCCACCAUCGUCAACCGCUCCUCCUGGUCCGGCAUAUUCAAACCAAGUGUUUACAUUGCUGGGCUACACCCAAUACUACUCAAACCUAACAAAAAUUCACGAGGAGAUCGCGGCAGGCCAAAGAGGCAAAGACCCUCGCCUCAACUUCGAGAUCGAGUACACCACAAACGAUGACGUGUAUCGAAUGAAGGAUCUGACGGUGCGCAGCUUUUUCCAACUCGCAGCCAGAAUUGCCGAGGAGGACGAAACCGCUGAAGAGAGCCGGGCGAACGACGCCAUCAGCCACGCUGAUCGGUCUGCCGCCAAGAAAAAGAAGCCAGUGAAUGGUAUUUGGCGGGCUUUCUUAAGGCGCGCUUUUGUCGGAUUCGAAAAUCUUGAUGAUUUGAAUGAAUAG